AUGAUCCGAUACAAAGGAGGCACGAUGAUGCACAACAGCGUGGCUACUUUAUAUGGCAGAAUUGCCACAAUUCUAAAUGGGUUCAACCACAAGAACCCUCCACCAACCAACCUAUCAGACUUGGCAGGAGUCGCCUAUGCGAUUGAGCAGAGAAAGAAGAGAGGCGCAUCAAGCAACUUGUGGGAAUUGCAAACAGCGCGGGACAAGUCAGGCCAAACAGAAGCUACGUUCCAGGACCAUCCGCACCACCAAGACCAGGAGGAAGAGCUUUUGCAGGAUUCCACCAACGACAAUUCCAAGGAUUCCAAGACAAUUGCUCCUCCCAAACUCCAACGAUCGAGACCGCUGGAACCUUCCACACUGCAUUGA